GGUGGGCUGCCACUGCCGAGUCUAGGAGCGAUCGUGGUGUUGGGCGGUUGAGUUUCUGCAAUGUCUGCAAUCAAAGCUCUAAACCCGAAAGCGGAGAUAGCCAGGGCCCAAGCUGCCCUAGCUGUUAAUAUUAGUGCGGCGCGAGGCCUACAGGAUGUUCUCAGGACUAAUCUGGGGCCGAAAGGGACCAUGAAGAUGCUUGUUUCUGGUGCUGGAGAUAUCAAGCUUACCAAAGAUGGUAAUGUUCUGUUGCAUGAAAUGCAAAUACAACACCCAACAGCUUCUUUAAUAGCUAAAGUGGCGACAGCUCAGGAUGACAUGACUGGUGAUGGCACCACUUCCAAUGUGCUGAUCAUUGGCGAGUUGCUGAAACAAGCUGAUCUCUAUAUUUCAGAGGGUUUGCAUCCCAGGAUAGUGACAGAAGGGUUUGAAGCUGCAAAAGACAAGGCCCUUGAGAUUUUGGAGCAGGUGAAAAUAACCAAAGAGAUGGACAGAGAGACUCUUAUCAAUGUUGCUAGAACAUCGUUGCGCACCAAAGUGCACAAGGAAUUGGCAGAUGUCUUAACAGAGGCUGUAGUCGAUGCUGUGCUGGCAGUGAGGAAACCAAACGAACCCAUUGAUCUGUUCAUGGUUGAGAUUAUGGAGAUGAAGCACAAAACUGAGACUGACACAAACCUGGUAAGAGGACUGGUGUUGGAUCAUGGUGCUCGUCACCCAGAUAUGAAGAAGAGAGUUGAAGAUGCCUAUAUGCUUACCUGCAAUAUUUCCCUGGAGUAUGAAAAAACAGAAGUAAAUUCAGGAUUCUUCUACAAAAGUGCUGAUGAAAGGGAAAAGUUUGUGCAAGCUGAGAGGAAAUUCAUUGAAGACAGAGUUAACAAAAUCAUAGCACUGAAGAGAAAAGUUUGUGGUGACUCUAAUAAGGGAUUUGUAGUUAUUAAUCAAAAGGGUGUUGAUCCAUUAUCAUUAGAUGCGUUUGCAAAAGAAGGCAUUGUGGCACUGAGGAGAGCGAAGCGGAGAAAUAUGGAAAGGCUGACUCUUGCAUGUGGAGGCAUUGCCAUGAAUUCUGUGGAGGAUCUCACCCCGGAGUGCUUGGGGCAUGCUGGACUUGUGUAUGAGCACGCUUUGGGCGAAGAGAAGUUCACCUUUGUGGAGCAAUGCGAUAAUCCUCGGUCAGUGACCUUGCUUCUCAAGGGACCAAACAAGCAUACUUUAACACAAAUCAAAGAUGCAGUCCGUGACGGUCUGCGUGCUGUGAAGAAUGCAAUUGAGGAUGGUUGUGUAGUGGCAGGUGCAGGUGCAUUUGAAGUUGCGGUAGCAGAUGGUUUGAUCAAGCACAAGGCCAAUGUGAAGGGCAGAGCACAGUUGGGAGUACAAGCAUUUGCAGAUGCUCUGUUGAUUAUUCCCAAGGUACUUGCACAAAACUCUGGAUAUGAUCCUCAAGAGACUCUUGUAAAAAUUCAGACAGAAUAUUCUGAAUCUGGCCAGCUUGUUGGUGUAAACUUGAACACUGGUGAACCAAUGCUAGCAGGUGAAGCUGGGGUUUGGGACAACUAUAAUGUCAAGAAGCAGCUGCUUCAUUCAAGUACGGUAAUUGCAAGCAAUAUUCUUCUUGUUGAUGAAAUAAUGCGAGCAGGAAUGUCGUCUCUGAAAGGCUAAACAAAAAACAGGAUUUCUUUACAGUUCAAACUUGUUCCUUUUGAAUUUAACAUAUCACCAUAAUGUGGCCAACUGACUGAAUAGUAAGUGUAACCAGGGGCUCAGUCUUUCAAUCCUCUUGGCUGCAAGGAUAUUCGGAGGCCAUGCGCGUUUUCACUGAAGCUGUUAAGCUAUUAACAGUGACAAAUACAAAUACAUUGUUAAGCUUUCAUGUUUUGUGGUUAUUUAUGGUGAAUAAUUUUUUAUUCUACAUUAAAUAGUUUUGUUUCCCAAUCUUUGCAUUCAACUGUUGAAUAAAUCUAGUUGUUUUGCAAAUGA